AUGGGAGCUCUCAAGAAACACCAGGUGAUCCACUCAGAGGGAAAACCAUUUCAGUGCUCUGAUUGUGGAAAGAGUUUUAGUCACACUGGUAACCUCAAGAGACACAAGAGAAUCCAUUCAGGGGAAAAACCAUUUCAAUGUUCUGAUUGUGGAAAGAGUUUUAGUCAAAUGAGCCAUCUCCGCCAACACCGGAUGAUCCACUCUGGGGGAAAACCAUUUCACUGCUCUGAUUGUGGAAAGUGUUUUAGUAGCACUCACGACCUCAAGAGACACAAGAGGAUCCAUUCAGGGGAAAAACCAUAUCAGUGCUCUGAUUGUGGAAAGCGUUUUAGUCACACUGGAGAUCUCAAGGUACACAAGAGGAUCCAUUCAGGGGAAAAACCAUUUCAAUGCUCUGAUUGUGGAAAGAGUUUUAGUCAAAUGUCUAAUCUCAAGGUACACCGGAAGACACACUCGGGUGUAAAAUCAUUUCAAUGUUCAUAUUGUGGAAAGAGUUUUAGUCAAAUGAGAUAUCUCCAACAACACCAGAUGAGACACUCUGCAGAAAAACCAUUUCAGUGCUCUGAUUGUGGAAAGCGUUUCAGUCUCACUCAAGACCUCAAGAGACACAAGAGGAUCCAUUCUGGGGAAAAACCAUUUCAUUGCUCUGAUUGUAGAAAGAGUUUUAGCGACAUUGAUGGCCUGAAGAAACACGAGAGGAUCCAUUCAGGGGAAAAACCCUAUUAG